AUGUAUCAACUAGAACAACGCCAUCUUAUUAAAGCACGGUCGUGGAGGGGCGAAUGUGCUGAAAGACAGCCAAAUGCCUCAUUGAAAACUAAAGAAUCCGAAAUACCUGAUCACCGAGACGAAGAUAUUGAUUUGCCUCAGAUCUAUUAUUAUAAGAAUUUAUUAAGAUGUGCCGAGGCUGUAGAACCCGUUCCUAUGCAAAAAUCGUGGAUAGAGAAUAUACUUAAAAAAUCAGGGUCAGCACGUUGGAAGAAAAACACCAUUUUGGGAUCUUUGAUUGAGGAUGUUAAAGCCCAAUACAUUUUCUAUGGUAAACGGUUUCAUGUUGAUCAUACUAUAUUACCGAAUCUGAAUUUAAAAAAUGAACCAGAAAAACCAUCAACAAAAGCACUAACUAGAGCACGAAUAAUUUUAAAAUCAUUAGAUUGUGUAGUACAAUUAUUUGGAAAUUUAAAAACAACGCCAAAAUUAAAUAUUAAAUUACAUUUUGUGGGUUCAAAAUGUAUCAGUACGCCGAGCGUAGAAGAAAUUAUUGAACAAUACUGCUCAGCUUUGGAUUUAGUAAAUAAUGCAUUCAGCGAAUUACCAUCUUUGGAAAAUUUUUACGACGGUUUUGAAAAUACUCUUCAAUUUAUUUUAAUUAAUCGUGAUAGUCAAUAUUUAUCGGAAGCAAGAGCCACUUUGAAAGAGAAAUUAAAUUCGAUUUAUACGUAUUUGGCGACUUAUUUUGAAAAGCUGGAAAUUGAUUUCAGUGAAAUCGUACAUGAUGAACUGCCUGAAAUGUUUUCAAUAUAUCUACAAGAGAAUCACACGUAUGAGGAACUAAUAAAAAAGUUAGAUUUUUUUCAGUGUUUUAAGAAUAUGUCUAAAGAACUAAUAGAAUAUUUUGAGUUUGAGCUAGUAAAUAUUGAUCAGAGUGAAAUUAAAAAUCAUAUAUACGAUUUAGCCACAAAUUAUAUGGAUCAGACUGUUGAGCACGCCGUUAUUAAUUAUAUUAUUGAUCAUGAAAGGUAUAUAUUAUUAUUUUUUUUUUAUAAAUUCAACGAAUUGGUUGAACGGGCUUUUACUGAACCAAAAAAUUCUAAAGAGUUUUUGGAUCUUGGCGAUUAUAUGUUGUACGCUACUACUACAUUUAUGCAAGAGAUAAUUGUAACAGUGAAAUAUUUGUCUGCGGUCGCAUGCGACUUAUCUAAAUAUACAAUACUAUCUAAAGAAGUGUGGGAAGCACACGCGUCUUCUGUUUCAUGGAUACAAAAAUCAUCACACAUUUUCAUUAGAUAUUCUACUAUUUACGAAGCAGGCAAAUCUAAAGGAGAAGAAAAUAUGGGAAAAACAAUUAGUACAUUGAUUUAUGAUUUAGACACUUUUGAACCCAACCUUACGUUCUUGGAUCGUAUUGAUGAUAUAAACAAACUCUAUGAUUAUAAACUAUACAUGAACGCAUUAGUUAGAAAAUUAGAAAGAUUCGAUGCUAUUGUUGAUUGGAUUAACGGAGAAAAACAUUUGUUUAACAAAGAAAUUACUCCAUUUCAAGAACUCACUGACAUUAAAGAUUUCACAAAGCCAUUCAUUGAUCUCAUUGAAUUCUCCUAUCGCUGGACGUUGAAAAGGAAUGCAUGGAUGCACGGUGACUUUGAUGUACUUAUAUUAUCCGAAAUAGAGCUGCAAUUCGAUGAAUUUUACAAAGAAGCAUUGAGAAUACAAAAAUUUUUAAGAGUUAAAUGUAAGGAAAUGUUAACGCAAAAUGACAGUAAAGUAUAUGAGGGUAUAGUAGAUACUCUUAAUAUGAACCUAUGGCCAGCACCUUUGAAAAUUAUACAGCAAAUAGUUGAUAGCAUGAAGCAAUUUAGGCAAUACAUACCAACUAUCGGAAUAUUGUGUAACCCAAAUUUGACUGAAAGACAUUGGCAAGACAUGUCUGAAUUGACGGGAUAUGACUUUACACCCAAUGCUGGAACUACACUUUCUAAAAUUUUAGAUUUAAAUUUAGGAAAAUUAUUACCUCAGUUUGACGUUAUUAGUGUAGGUGCUACAAAAGAAGAACAAUUGCGAAAAACGUUGGUAAAAAUGAAAGAAGAUUGGAAACAUAUCUCACUAUCUACCAGCCCUUAUUAUAAGGAUACAAAUUUAAAUAUACUAUCUGGAUUAGAUGAUAUACAAACGGUACUUGAUGACCAUCUAAUAAAAACCAUAUCAAUACGCGGUUCAGCGUUUGUCAAGCCGAUAAGGGAUGAAGUAAAUGAGUGGUUUGAAAUGGUUAAUCGCAUGAAUAUGACACUUGAAGAAUGGGCAAAAGUACAAAUACAAUGGCUUUAUCUUUUACCAAUAUUCAGCUCUAAAGACAUAAUUGCUCAAAUGCCCGAGGAAGGAUCAUUGUUUAAUGAAAUUAAUACGGUUAUUAAAGGAUUAUUAAGUAUGGUUAAUUCAGAUCCGUUAGCCACUAAGUGUAUUGGACAAGAAGGUGUAUUAGAAUCAUUAAUUAACUGUAACGAGAUGAUGGAAACUAUUAACGCAGGCGUAAAUAACUAUUUGGAGAAAAAACGUUUAUUCUUUCCAAGGUUUUUCUUUCUUUCAAAUGAUGAAAUGUUAGAAAUAUUAUCAGAAACUAAAAAUCCCAAAAAAGUUCAGCCUCAUUUAAAAAAAUGUUUUGAAGGGAUCGCUAAACUAGAGUUUAGUAAAAGUUUAGAUAUUUUAAAGAUUUUAAGUAGUGAGGGUGAAGAAAUUGAACUUAAUAAAUUUAUUUCGACUGUCGAAGCAAGAGGAAGUGUAGAAAAGUGGUUACUUCAGGUAGAAGAACAAAUGGUCAUAUCGGUUAAAGAAUGUAUUGAAAAUGCUUAUAAUGAGUAUACGACUAUAAAACGAACUACAUGGGUACAGAAAUGGCCAGGUCAAUGUGUUUUGUGUGUCACUCAAAUUUAUUGGACUGCAGAAGUUCAUGAUGUAUUUAAUGCUCAACAAAUCGGAAAAAUGCGAAAUUAUCAUAUGUUUUUAACUAAUCAAUUGAAUAAUAUCGUUGAUUUAGUACGCGGUAAAUUAAGCAAGCAGACAAGAAUAUCGUUAAGUGCGUUAGUUACGUUAGAUGUCCACUGUAAGGAUGUUGUUGAUGAUUUGGCAAAUAAUAAUGUUUCUCACCAUAUGGACUUUAAAUGGCUAAGCCAGUUAAGAUAUUAUUGGAAAGAUGAUGUAUUGGUUUGUAUUACCAAUGCAACUGUGAAUUAUGCAUACGAAUACCUAGGUAAUACGCCUAGACUUGUCAUCACUCCUUUAACAGAUAGAUGUUAUCGCACAUUAAUUAGUGCUUAUCAUUUACAUUUAAAUGGUGCUCCGGAGGGACCAGCUGGUACCGGGAAAACAGAAACAACGAAAGAUUUAGCAAAAGCUUUGGCCGUGCAGUGUGUGGUGUUUAAUUGUUCCGAUAGCCUUGACUACUUGGCAAUGGGAAAGUUUUUCAAAGGGUUAGCUUCAACCGGAGCUUGGGCUUGUUUCGAUGAAUUUAAUCGUAUUGACAUCGAAGUAUUAUCAGUUAUUGCUCAGCAGAUAUUAAGUAUCAUUCAAGCGGUGAGAUCUAAUGUUGAAACUUUCAUGUUUGAAGGCACUGAACUUUUAUUAAACCCAAAAUGUUAUGUGUGCAUUACUAUGAAUCCGGGAUAUGCUGGGAGAUCCGAACUUCCCGAUAACUUGAAGGUUUUAUUUAGAACUGUGGCUAUGAUGGUGCCGGACUAUGCAAUGAUUGGAGAAAUAUCGUUAUAUUCCUUUGGAUUUGUUAAUGCGCGAGAAUUAUCUGUCAAGAUUGUUACAACCUAUAAACUGUGUUCAGAACAAUUAUCAUCUCAAUCACAUUAUGACUAUGGUAUGAGAGCGGUUAAGACUGUCCUUAUAGCAGCAGGUAAUUUAAAAAUGAAAUUUCCAAAAGAUGAUGAGUCAGAACUGUUACUUAGAUCUAUUUUGGAUGUGAAUUCCGCAAAGUUUUUAAGUAAAGAUGUUCCUUUAUUUAAUGGAAUAAUUUCUGAUCUAUUUCCUGGUGUGCGAAUGCCAAAUCCUAACUAUGAAAAUUUGAUUAAUGCUGCAAAUAUUGUGUGCGCAAAGAUGCAAUUGCAACCAAUAGAUAAUUUCAUGGAAAAACUAAUUCAGACAUAUGAAAUGAUGGUGGUUAGGCAUGGAUUUAUGUUAGUGGGAAAUCCAUUUGGAGGAAAGACAUCAUUACUUCAUUUACUCGCAAAAACAUUGACUCUACAGAAUCAACUUGGUCAAGGAGAAGAAAAGGUUGAAUAUGAAACAGUUAAUCCAAAAGCGUUGACUAUGGGUCAACUUUAUGGAUGCUUUGAUGACGUUUCACGCGAAUGGUCUGACGGGGUUGUAGCUAACACAUUUAGAGCGUUUUCAAUGUCAGAGACUUUAGAUAGAAAAUGGUUAAUUUUUGAUGGUCCUGUUGAUGCGGUUUGGAUAGAAAAUAUGAAUACAGUAUUAGAUGAUAAUAAAAAGUUGUGUUUAGUUUCUGGAGAAGUGAUAAGUAUGCCAGAUUGUAUGUCUAUGAUAUUUGAAGUAAUGGACCUUAAUCAGGCAUCUCCCGCAACUGUCUCUAGGUGUGGUAUGAUUUAUUUAGAUCCUUCAACUUUGGGUUGGAGGCCACUAGUAGAAAUGUGGUUAAAAACUUGUCCAGAGCUUUGGUCUUUAGAUCAAAAUGGCAUAGAUAUUAUGUGCUUAUUCGAUUGGAUAACUAAUCCAUGUCUUUAUUUUGUUCGCCGUAAUUGUGUUCAGUUAACGAAUGCAGGAGAAACAAAUACUGUUUUAAAUGUUAUAAAUAUAUUAGAAAUGCAGUUAAAAAAUUCAAAUGUUGAUGACCCAGAAUUAAAUGAAAACUUCACACUUUAUUUACAAGGAUCUUUUGUAUAUGCUUCUAUUUGGGGCUUUGGUGGAACUCUAGAUUCAAACUCAAGACCUGUAUUUGAUAUUUAUUUUAAAGAAUUGUGGAAGGGAGAAAUCCCUGGUUUGGAACCACCAGAAGCUCUAAGUUCUUUGGACAUUUUAAUACCCAGUGAAGGAUUGUUAUAUGACUAUGUAUACAAUUUUACAUCCAAAGGAUCUUGGAAAAAUUUAUCGGAAGUUGUAAAAAGCAAUAAACUUCACGAAAUGAGUAACAUUGAACAAACUUUAGUGCACACCCUUGAUACUGCAAGAUAUUUGCAUUUAGUUGAAAUGUUUAUUUUUCAUCGUAAACCAUUAUUACUUUUUGGUUCUACGGGUACUGGAAAGAGUUUUUACAUAAAAAAUUAUAUGAUGAAUGAAUUGUCGUUAGACGAAUACAUUCCAUCUUUUGUUACGUUUACAAUCCAGACAUCUGCUAAUUUUACUCAGGAAAUGGUUUUGUCGAAACUUAUAAAGCGUAAACGUGGUGUUUAUGGGCCACCAGAGGGGAAAAUGUGUGUUAUAUUUAUUGAUGAUAUGAAUAUGCCUAUCAAAGAGCAGUAUGGAGCUCAACCGCCCAUUGAACUAUUAAGACAGUAUUUUGAUCAUGGGCACUGGUAUGAUCUACAAGAUACAAGCAAAGUUCACCUUAAGGAUAUACUCAUGUUAACUGCCAUUGGUCCAACUGGUGGAAGUAGACAGGAUGUGUACGCAAGAUUUUUGCGUCAUUUUGGGUUAUUUGCUAUAAAUUCAUUUGAUGAUACAAGUAUUACAAAAAUAUACUCGACUUUGCUUAAUAUUGGACUAAGAAGGAAUGGUUUUACAUUAGAAGUGGUACCGAUCAUCGAUAAUAUAAUUCAAUCAACUAUUGAUUUAUAUAAAUCAGCUAUUACUAAUUUAGCACCAACUCCAGCAAAAUCACACUAUUUAUUUAAUUUGAGAGAUAUUUCAAAAGUUACGAAUGGAAUACUCAUGUUUCGUAAAGAGAGUUUUACCCACCGGAAACAGUUUACAAGAUUAUGGGUACAUGAAGUACUUAGAGUAUUCUAUGAUCGCCUUAUUGAUGAUAAAGAUAGAGAAUGUUUAUUCAAUGAAAUCCGUGAGGCAGUUAAUGCAAAUUUCCAAGAAAAAUUUGAUGUAGUGUUAAAUGAUUUAUCGAGUUCAGUUCCCAUUCGUUACCAAGAUGCUACAAAUCUUUUAUUUACAAGUGCUACAGAUAUUGAUGCAGCUGAAAACAAAAAAUAUGAAGAACCAGCUGAGUUAUCAAAUUUUAUAGCAAUAGCACAAACGGUGAUGGAUGAAUAUGACAUGACACAUAAAUCGAAAUUAAACAUAGUUUUGUUUAAAUAUGCUCUUGAGCAUCUUUCGAGGAUAUGUAGAAUUGUAUCGAUCCCCGGCGGAUGUGCAUUGUUAGUUGGAGUAGGAGGCUCAGGUCGGCAAUCUCUUACUCGAUUAGCAUCAGAAAUGUAUAAUUAUAAUACUUUUCAACCGGAGAUAACUAAGAGUUAUGGCUUCAAUGAGUGGAGAGAUGAUUUGAAAUUUGUAUUAAUGGAAUCAGGAGGAAAAAAUCGUCCCACCGUAUUUUUAUUUGCUGAAGGGCAAAUCAAGGAAGAAUAUUUUUUACAAGACAUUGAUUCUUUAUUAAAUUCUGGUGAAGUACCAAAUAUAUUUACUUUGGAUGAACAGCAAAGUAUAUUAGAGAUGGUUAGAUUAGCUGCUCAAGGAGGAAAUAGAAAUUUAGAUAUUUCACCAUUGGUCGUUUUCGAUUACUUUAUCAAUCGGUGCAAACAAAAUUUACAUAUAUUUUUAUGCUUUAGUCCAAUUGGCUCGACAUUUAGAAACCGAUUGAGACUUUAUCCAUCAAUGGUUAGUUGUUGUACAAUUAAUUGGUUUGAGGAUUGGCCAGAAGAUGCGUUAGUAAUGGUAGCACAGAAAUACAUGGAAAACGUCAACCUGUCUAAUAAAAUUAAAAACUCUGCAGUUAUAGUUUGUCAACGCUUUCACAUCGAUGCAAGACGAUUAUCUGCGGAAUUUUAUUCUACUACACGCCGUCGAACGUACAUAACAUCAGCUUCAUAUUUAGAUUUAAUUAAAGCUUAUACGAACUGCACUAAUCUUAAGCAAAAAGAAAUUAUGGAGGAAAAAAUGCGUUACGUUGGUGGUCUUGAAGAACUAGAAUAUGCUACUGUGCAAGUGAAUCAGAUGAAGGAAGAUUUAUUUAUACUUCAGCCUAAACUACAAAGAGCUCAAAAAGAUACAGAAAAAAUGAUGAUCAUGAUAUCACGUGAGACAACCGAAGUUGAAAAAGCUACUGCUAGAGUACAAGCCGAUGAAAAAGUAGCAAAUGUUCAAGCUGAGGCAGCGAAUGAACUAAAAUCAGAAUGUGAAACUGAUUUAGCAUUAGCUAUACCAAUUUUAGAAGAUGCAAUCAAUGCUUUAAAUACUCUUAAACCAGCUGAUAUUACUUUGGUUAAGUCUAUGAAGAAUCCUCCUAUUAUGGUAAAAACUGUAAUGGCAGCAGUGUGCGUGAUGAAAGGAGUGUUACCAGAUAAAAGGCCAAAUCCUAAUAAACCUGGACAAUAUAUAAUUGACUAUUGGGGCCCAAGUAAAAGAUUACUAGGCGAUCUAAAUUUUUUGCAGUCGUUAAAGGAAUACGAUAAAGAUAAUAUCUCUGAUAAAACUAUGAAUGUUAUACGUAAAGAAUAUCUUCCAGAUCCAAAUUUUAAACCAUCAAUCGUAGGUAAAGCUUCCAGUGCUGCGGAGGGUUUGUGCAAGUGGGUUAUCGCAUUGGAUAGGUAUGAUCAAGUAAUAAAAAUUGUCGCGCCAAAAAAAGAAAAAUUAGAGAUAGCCGAUAAAGAAUUUAAAGCAACCAUGGAGAUAUUGGAUGAAAAAAGAAAUUCAGUAAGAGAGUUACAAGAAAAAUUAAACGCACUUAAAGAACGAUUGCACCAGACAGUGUUAAACAAAGAAAAAUUACUAGCGGAAGUAGAGUUAUGUGAAAGCAAGUUGCUUAAAGCUGAAAAACUCAUAGGAAGUCUCGGUGGUGAGAAACAUCGUUGGGCCCAACGUGCUGAAGAGCUACAAACCAUAUAUAAUUGUAUACCGGGGGAUAUUCUUAUAUCUUGUGGAAUAAUUGCAUAUUUGGCUCCAUUUACAUCACAUUUUAGGUCGUCGGUUAUUGAUGAGUGGAAAAUAUUAUGUAAUAAUUUAAAGAUUCCGAGUUCAAAUAGUUACAGUUUAAUUAAGGUUUUGGGUGUACCAAUAAAAAUUCAAAAUUGGACUAUUAAUGGUUUACCGAUGGAUUCAUUUUCAAUUGAUAAUGCUAUAAUAAUGGACGGGUCUCAAAGAUGGUCUUUAUUGAUUGAUCCUCAAGGUCAAGCACAUAAAUGGGUGAAGACGAUGGAAAAAUCUAAUGAUAUAUCAAUUGUAAAACUAACAAAUUCCAAUUAUAUGAAAGUGAUUGAAUUAGCUAUUGAAGUUGGGAAUCCAGUAUUAAUUGAAAAUGUUUUGGAAGAUUUAGAUUCUCCAUUAGAUCCAAUAUUAUUGAAGCAGGUUUAUAAACAAGGGCCUAUGAUGUUUAUAGUGAUUGGUGAUAAUGUAAUUGAAUAUAAUUCGAAAUUUCGAUUAUAUAUUACAUCAAAGCUGAGAAACCCACACUAUUCACCAGAAAUAUUUAAUAAAGUGACCAUUAUAAAUUUUGCUUUGACUGUGGAAGGUUUAGAAGAUCAGUUGUUGGGGAUUGUUGUGGCUAAAGAACGGCCAGAUUUAGAGUCAAAAAGACAGCAAUUAAUUGUUGAAGGUGCUGAAAAUGCUAGAGCAUUGUUAGAUGUCGAAAACAAUAUUUUACAAAUACUUUCAGCACCAGGAAACAUUUUAGAAGACGAAGAUGCGGUUGACGUUUUAGAUAACUCAAAGAUAUUAGCUACAGACAUUAUUCAGAAACAAGUGGCUUCAGUAGAAACUGUUGCGGUUAUCGACCAAUUCAGAUUGCAGUAUAAGCCAAUUGCUAAACACUGCUCUAUACUUUAUUAUUGCAUUUCAGAUUUGCCUAAUAUUGAUCCAAUGUAUCAAUAUUCAUUAAAUUGGUUUUUCAAUAUAUUUGUUAUGACAAUUGAAACAGCAAAUAAAUCUAAAAUAAUCAAAAUACGAUUAGAAGCUUUGAAACAAACGUUUACAUAUAAUUUAUAUGCCAACGUAUGUCGGUCAUUAUUUGAAAAGGAUAAGACGUUGUUUUCAUUCAUUAUGUGUACUACAAUAAUGAUAGCUGAAAAUAAAAUUGAUAAGCAAGAACUGAUGUUUCUUAUGACUGGCGGUGUAGGUUUAAAAAAUGAAGUUCCUAACCCUGGGUCUGAUUGGUUACUGGGUAAAAGUUGGGAUGAGAUUUGUCGCCUAGAUGAUAUAAAUACGUUUAAAGGUAUAAAACAUGAUUUUAUAAGAAAUGUGAAAGACUGGAAAAAUUACUAUGAUUUAACUGACCACGAAAAUUCAAAGUUCCCUAAUCCUUGGUACGAUAAAUUAAGUGAUUUUCAACGUAUUGUUAUCGUGCGUACAAUUAGACCAGACAAAGUUAUUCCUGCGAUUACAAAACUUAUCAAAAUAGAACUUGGAGAAAAGUUCACUUACCCACCACCAUUUGACAUAAAUAAAUCUUACAGCGAUUCAGGCUGCCUGAGUCCUCUUAUAUUUAUUCUAUCACCUGGAAUAGAUCCUAUGUCAAGCUUAUUGCAAUUUGCCGAAAAAAUGGGUCAGGCAGAAACUCUACAAAGUGUUUCAUUGGGUCAAGGACAAGGUCCUAUAGCUGAAUCGUUUAUAAAUACCGCACGAAGUGAAGGAAGCUGGGUUUGUUUGCAAAAUUGCCAUUUAGCUACUUCAUGGAUGGAACAAUUAGAAUUAAUCUGCGAUUCAUUUGAUGUGUCUAAUGUGCAUAAUGAUUUUAGAUUAUGGUUGACUAGCUAUCCAUCGGAGAAAUUCCCAGUUUCCGUCCUCCAAAACGGCGUUAAAAUGACCAAUGAGCCUCCAACAGGCUUACAAGCGAAUAUGCUCAGAAGUUAUCAAUCAUAUCCCGUUAAAGAUCAAAAUUUCUUUGAUGGGUGUCUUGGAAAAACCAACAUAUUUACAAAACUUUUAUAUGGAAUUACAUUUUUCCAUGCAGUCAUACAAGAGAGAAAAAAAUUUGGGCCUAUUGGAUGGAAUAUACCUUAUGGCUUUAAUGAAUCCGAUUAUCAUAUUUCCAUUCAACAACUUCAAAUGUACAUUAAUGAGUAUGAUGAGAUACCAUUCGAGGCUGUCACAUAUCUGACAGGAGAAUGCAAUUAUGGUGGUAGAGUGACUGAUGAUUGGGAUAGGCGUACGUUGAAGACGAUUUUGGAUAUAUUUUGUUGUCCACAAGUAGUUGAAAAUUCUGAUUACUUGUUUUGUGAGAUUAGUACAAAGUAUGGCUUACCGUUUCGAAUCGAUUACCUCAGCUUUAUAGAACAAAUUGAAGAAAUUCCAAUCGUCUCAAGUCCAGAAGUAUUUGGAUUGCAUAUGAAUGCGGGAAUUACACGUGAUUUACAGAGUACAUCACAACUGUUCGACUCUAUGUUAUUGGUAGUGGAAUCUAGUGGCGGUACUGACGAUUCCGAUACGGCUGAGAAUCUGUUAAUAGGAAUCGCGUCUGAUAUACUCUCGAAGCUUCCAAACAAUUUUGACGUGGAAAUGGCAUCGAUCAAAUAUCCUGUUAUGUACAACGAAUCAAUGAACACUGUUCUUGUUCAAGAAAUGGAACGUUUCAAUAUACUGUUGUCCGUGAUACGUAAAAGCUUACAAGAUCUGAUAAAAGCCAUUAGAGGUGCCAUUGUUAUGACGCCUGAAUUGGAAACAAUGUCCUUGUCGUUAUCCGUGGCUAAAUAUCCAGUAUUUUGGUCAAAGUUUUCCUAUCCAAGCCUUAAAUCUUUGGGUGGAUAUAUAACUAAUUUUAUAGAGCGUCUUAAUUUCUUACAAAUUUGGUACGAAAAUGGUAAGCCCAAUAAUUUCUGGCUCAGUGGACUUUUUUUUACUCAAGCAUUUCUUACCGGAGCUAUGCAAAAUUUCGCUCGUCGUUACACUAUACCUAUAGAUCAAUUGUGUUUUGAUUUUGAAGUACAACAUUCUGACCGAAUAAAUGCAGCUCCCGAAGAUGGAGUUUAUUGUUAUGGUUUAUUUGUAGAUGGCGCCCGUUGGGAUAGAUCUAACAUGGUAUUGGAGGAACCGUUCCCAAAAGUGUUGACAGAUGUGUUACCAUUAGUAUGGUUCAUACCUAUGAGAAAAAAUAAACUAGAAGACAAAAAUAGAUAUGUAUGUCCUGUGUAUAAGACUUCAGAGAGAAAGGGUAUAUUGUCUACAACUGGUCAUUCCACCAAUUACGUUCUUCCGAUCUUUCUGGACACCAAUAAAAAUGCCUCGCAUUGGGUAUACCGCGGAGUAGCACUACUUUGUCAAUUGAACGAUUAAAAUAGUUUUAUUUUACUAAAAGUGAUGUUUAGUAUUGUUUAAUACUUCAUUAUUUGAUGUUUCAUUAAUAAUAAACAAAUAUUAUAAUAAACUAAUGAUUUAUUAAAUUUACUAUCAUUACAAAAGAACAAAAACAGUUACCUAUUGUAAUUUUAUA